GUGUUGCAGAUGUUGCAUAAUGUUAUUUUAUUUUACACAUCGUGUACUUUUUAACUGUAGUUGUGAUUUGUAGCUGGUGGUGUGUUUGAUUGCAUGAAUUGAUUCAGAACUACCAAAAUCAAUUCAGACAUUUUCUUAGGUGUUCAAAUGUCUAACAGAAGAAAAUCAAGUAGAAAGAUGCAUCUGAUUCCUUCAUGAUUUGCAGGUUUACAUGUUAAGCUUAAAACUGCAAAGUAGCAAACAAAAACAACUCAAAAUGAGUCAGACUCUGCUAAAAUAUGUAUAAAAUUUAUUUGCACUGAAAUGGUUGCAUGCCAGCUGUAAUGGAGGUAAUGUGUGCAAACUGAAAGUGAACCUCUGACCUCUGUCCUGCCUGUAAUUGCAAACACUGCCUCGACUGUUGGAGCAGGUGCUGGUGUCUGUAUUCCAAAAAAGUAAGUAAAACGGAAUGGUCUGAAACACCCGCAACAAUCCCCAAACUUGAACCUUGAUUGAUUAGAUUCUUAUCUCGUCCCUCUUCCUCUAUGCAUUUGCAGGCACUGAUAAUUUUUCCCUAGUAUGUCCAACUUCACACUUGCACAGGCCUGCCAUUGUCACGGCCAGCCUUGGUGACUGAACGGCCAUUGCUGCUCGAAUCUAAUCAGAUUGUCUCCCUUAAGUGGAUAACAAGCGUGUCUCCGGAAUGUACAGUAGUGCGAGGGCUGAAGUGAAACCGGGACAAUCCGCUGUCACACACAGCAGAUGCGGUGUGUGGAGGCUUUGGCGUCUCUCCUGCUAUCCGUUGCGGGGAAAAGAAAGAAAAAAAAAAGUUGAUUGGCUAACAACUAGCAUCUUGUUUGACCGGGAAAAGACAUAUAAGAGCUCUCAGUUACUACCGACAAGUUCAGUAUUGUGAUGAGUUUGUUCUUAGUUAUGUGAAUGGGGCCAGCAACUCCAGCUAACAAGGGCAAUAAAUAUGUUUGGGUGCAUUUAAUGUGGAGCUUUUGGAUGCUUAAAAAAAAUAAGCUAUGCCUUUUUUUUUAACAUCAAAGGAUAGGUCAGUAGUUUAAAGUGUUAUGUCUAGUUUUAUUUAGAACAAUAUUAGUUUGUCUCACUGCAUUAAGAGAAUUACUAGUCAAAAAAAGACCAAAACCAAAACAAACUUCUGUCUUUAAAUGACUGCAAUCGAAGUCUCUUAGUUUUAUGGAAUUCUUUAGAGAGAGCGUGGCGAUUAUUUAAACUAGAAAUGAGAUUUGGAGGCUGUGCACCACCGAUGGUCUUCCCGUAUAAAACCGCAAAACAUCUGAAGUAUUUCCAAUCAGACUUUGCUUUUAUGUGAAAAGGCACCUGAAGGCACGAGCAAUCUAAGCUGCUGCUAAUAACCCAGCAUCUGAAAGGAUCGGUUUUGUUUUUAAGCUCAACAGAAAAUAUUAAGGAAUUUAAAACUCCUUGAAAUUGUAAUAUAUUCAGGAUUUACAAAAACUGAGGUAGAUAUUUUAGAGUAGUUUAAUCCUAUUUGCUAUUUUCUGCACCUACAUAAACAAUUCAGGAAUGAAAUGACACUUGGUACACAUAUCCUGAGUUGGCACUUCUUUUACUGUGACUGUCAGAACAAGUGAGAAAGUCAAAUAGCCACAUCUCCUAAAUGUAUUCACUGCUCAUUAUAUCAUUAUAUCAUAGACAUAUGUCGUUUGUAAAUAAAAGAAGCAGAUCAUUUUACGAGACUCGAGAAUAAUAAAAAAAGUUACUCUUGAAAAUAAAACAUAACUACAUUGCUGUGGUUUAAUCUUAGUUGUUAGCAUUUUAGAUACAUGCCACAGCUGCGUCAAAGUUAUUUCCAUCGAAACUAAACCUCUUUUCUCUUAUUUCCUUUGUUGGGUGAGGCGCUUUAAACAUUUCGCAAUGAUUUGAGGGACAGACAAAAAUCUCUUCUUUUCAAUAUUGGUUUCACUUCCCUGAACAGUCAAGUAGACAGAAAGGUCAGAAGUCUCUCCUGCUAUGCUAGUGAGGUUUGCUUUUAAAUGUUUUUUCCUGCUCUCAUUGAUUCACUUUGGUCAGUGAUGGAAAAAUGUCUCUCUCAUCUGAGAUGCAGUAAGUGAAAUUUGGGCAACAGACUAAAUUUCUGUUGGUCACUUAACACUAAUUUUGUAAAGUGUCCCUCUGCGUUGCCUACCAAAAUACCUUGCCAGCCUAUUAACUAAUAAAGCAAGUUACAACACCGAGGUUCUCUGUGAGAACAAGACAAGUAAGCGAAUUAGCCAUUUACGGUAAGAUUUUCUAUGAGCAGUUUUGCAGCAACGAAGACUUAAAAAUAGCUUUACUGCACUUAUCUUAUGAGAAACUUUUAAAGAUUAACUAUCUACAUUUAAAACCGUGAAUGAGUGAAAAAGGCUUGCUUAAAAUGACAUUAAGAGAAGUUAUUUAAAACCGUCCACUGGAGAAACAAGAGUCAAUUGUGCUGCCACAUCCCCUGAAGCAGGCAGUAGAAGACUUUGGGAAGUGACCGCCGAUUGGUCAGCCAGACAGAAAAAGGGGCGGUCCAGAUGAAUUAGCGAUAGCUGCUUACAGGCAGACGUCCUGCAGUGAUCAAACUCUGAGUGAUCUAACACUCUGCCGUUUGAAGUGAUUAUCAUGCUACGCAACAUAAAGGCUUACAUCCAGCUGUGGGGCUAAUUAGUUCACUUAGGGCCAUUUAUAAAACACUGCUAGGGGACUGGAAGGGACAGCCAGUCACUGGGAAGUCAGUAGUUUGACAGGAGAGUGGUAGCAACAGACCUGGAUCCCUAAAGCUGACCUACUGGAUCACCAGCUUUACUAAGAAUGCCACACUUAAGUGACUGCAGCUACUACAAAAUGCGGGACGCAACCAGAGCUUCAAAAGUACAAAGCCACCUGGAAAACUCCAAGUUCCACCUUCAUCAAAGCCAAAACCAGCCUGGGAAGCAGUACCUGACACUGGGCUCCAAGCUGGCCUCUACGACCGGAUCCGGUCACACUGUACCUCAUCCACACGCCCCUGGCCAGCAGCUGGCCACCGUGCCGAUCAUGAGGAAUGGACACGUGCCCGCCGUCAGUGACGGGAGCAGCCCCAACAGCCCCGUCACCCUGCUGACAAUGGGCAACCACGAAGGCGAGUUUCCAAUGGAUGAAGUUAUUGAUGACCUAAUUAGUCUUGAAUCCGGCUUCAAUGAUGGAGGCUUGGAUUGCAUGGAGCCUAACAUCAUAAUGCAAGGCAAUGUCUCCCUCAGCAACAGCAUGCUGGACGUCUAUGGGGGUGAACAAGGUAUGAACCCCCCUAAUGGUGGAAUGAGUCCCACAUCUAACACCACUAAGCUCACUGUUAAAAGGGAAUUUACAGAGCAUGACACGCGGGUUAUGGCCAAAGAGAGACAGAAAAAGGACAAUCAUAACUUGAUUGAAAGAAGGCGAAGAUACAACAUUAACUACAGGAUUAAGGAGCUGGGGACGCUCAUUCCAAAGUCAAAUGACCCUGACAUGCGGUGGAACAAAGGCACCAUCCUGAAGGCCUCGGUGGAGUACAUAAGGUGGCUACAGAAGGAGCAGCAGCAUUCUCGGGAACUCGAAAGCCGUCAAAAGAAGCUGGAGCAAGCCAACAGGAGGCUGCUGCUGAGGAUCCAGGAGCUUGAAAUCCAGGCACGAGCACACGGACUCCCGAAUAUGGCUGCUACCUUGGGGACAGUUGAACUGUCCUCCCACCUGCUCAAACAGCAGCAACAGCAAUCCCCACCGCAGGUACAGCAACAGCAACCACAACAGCCACCCAUCUACCAGGAGGACCCCAACAGCGACUACCUCCAGAGGAUAGCCAUGGUGACGGGCGUGUCGUCCAUCGCCACCGCGAGCGGCCCGCAGGACCACAUCCAGGGCGCCGACGCCUGCACCACGUUCUCCGACCCACUCUCCCAUUUCACAGACUUCUUCACCGCCACGCUCAAGGAGGAGAACCAGCUGGAGGAAAUCCUGAUGGAUGACCCGCUCUCGCCUUUCGGCGCUGAUCCACUCUUGUCCGCCGGAUCCCCAGGGGCUGCUUCCAAGGACAGCAGCCGAAGGAGUAGCUUCAGCUCCGCUGAGGCCGACGACCUAUAAGGGCCCUUCAUCUUUGGUAUAGUCCAAUGACUGCACAGGUCGAACUUCUCCUGGUAAUAGGGGGGAAGGCCCUGAAAGACUGACUGACGGAUUUAAGGAUUCAGAUCCAUGUCUGACAACUGCAGAGACGCAAGUAACUUAAAUAUCAGCUGACAAACUAAGCAAAACCCAUCAAAGUGCCACUUGUUUAGAAAUUCUUCGACUGUUGCAGAUGCUGACAUUGUAUGCUGCUCAGAAGCAAAUGUCACGUCCAAUGAACAGACUACUUUUAACUUUAUUUUGGGUAACCACUGUAUUUCUCUGCAGAGGAUACAAACAGACUUGUGUUAAAAAGGGAGACAUUUGAGAGUAGAAAUGUUAACUACUACUGGCUGUUUUUUGUUGUGUUUUUUUUUUUACGUCAGACACUGGUAGCUACACACUGUAACAUAUGCAAAAUAAUUACCGAAUAUUUGCCUGAAGUGUACUUUUUUCUACCAGUUUACAAAAGGAUCCUAGUCCUAGUUGCUUUUGCUUAGGAAGGCCUUAUUCAAACUCCUUGAACAUGUAACUAAUGUACUCAUCUCAGUGCUUAACAUGUACUUGGUUUUGUCUGUCUCUUUUACAUGUUUGUUACAUAUUUUUUGUAUUUAUAUACGUUUUAAUCCAUGUAUUCAUAUAAAAGAUAUAUAUACACACAUAUACGACACUCAAACAUAACUUUUUUAUUCACAGAAGUAUGGGAAAAGUCCGUAAUAAACCCCUCUUGAGCGAGAAGUUUCGUGGUGGAAGGUGAAGGGCUUGCUUACAAGGUGGUUGAUUGGGAAUAAGAGAUGAAAAGGAGGAGAGAGAGGAGGGAAAUUAGAUAAUAAAGACAAGUAGAGAAGGAGUGAUAAUUCUGAUGAGUCUACUGUGAGUUGAUGAGCCCUUGAGA